GGAAACUUGAAAUCUUUAUAACUUGCAGACUAAUUAGUGCUUCUUACAGAGUUGAUAUAGAGAACCAGCGAUGAAGACAUAUAUUGCAACCAUAAUUUGCAUCUUUUUUCUCUGCUUUUCUCAAGAUUCAGCCCAACCAUUAAUUUGUGAUGAAGGGCAAGAAUUAAUCGAUUGCAUUACUCCUUGUGGACCUAGGAGAUGCAGUACGUAUCUCGAGAACACCAUACAUCCGGAACGAUGCGCCUCCAUAUUGUUGCCAUUAUGCACAAUAGGAUGCCAAUGUAAAGACGGAAAAUUUUUGAAUGAUGAAGGAGAAUGCGUCGAACUUAUCAAUUGUUCCUUGGAUUUUUCGGAUAUUUAAUUUUUUUCUUAUGUUUCUUAUUUUAAAAAAUAUGUAUAAAUUUAAACCAGCGGUCCCCAACCUUUUUAUCGCCGCGGACCGGUCAACGUUUGAUAUUUUACCGCGGCCCACU